GUCCCUUGUAUAUAAAAUUAAGCUUUUUAGCUGGACAGUGAACCCGAUAGUAGCAAUAUCUCCUCUCCUGAAAAUCUGAAGAAUCCUUCUAAAUUUUGUCUUUUCUGGAGGAAUCUGCAUCUCAAGACGUAAACUUAAAAGUUUGCUCAUACUAUACUUGCAAAUAUCGGGACUACUUGUUGUUUAUUAUUUAUUAUAAUUAGACAAAGUUUACGUUUCCUCUACUGGACAAAGGAUAAUAUCGGUUGCAAAGCUACAAAAUUGGUUUCAUUGAAAAUAUUCAAGCAAAGGACACCUCUGGUGCAUAUUUCACUUGUGAAUUUUGCACAUUAUUAACUAAAUAACCUUUUUAUGAACUUAUUUGGACUUUUAUCAAGCUAGCUACAAAUUGAGAAAUAACGUUUCCAGUUCGUAUCGGAAAGACCACAACUCCUCAUUCACUGUCCUGAAUACAGAUUACUGGAAUCUUCGUGCUUUGCUAGCUAAACAUAUUUAUUUUAAACAGUCGUUAUUUUUUUAUUUACUAAAAUGAUGCGGAUGCCUAAAGGCGUUUCUCCUGCGUCUAGUCGAGGUGCUGUAGGGGGACUGUCGUGUUCGCAGAAUAAAGUUUUGUCCGGAGUGAAGACCGAGUUCUUCAGCACCGGGUUACCCAGUCCACCGAUUAACUCGGUACCGGCUGGAUACUUUACCCAAAUAUGCAACACGACAGCGGCCGAACAAAGGGCGAACUGCUUGUAUGCAACCCCCCAUGGACCCGAAGCUAAACCCAUCAGAUCAUCCUCCGGCCGUCUCCCGGCCAAGAGGAAGCUGGACCUAGAAGACCCCCUCUACCUCCCUGACUUCAGGACCCCUAAAGGAAAGGGGAAACCGGCCACAGCCAGUCAUCCAAGUCCCAAAAGUGAGUAUCUGCAUCAAUGAGAAAAAGCAAGGCCC